AUGAAAUUGAAAUUGAUCAUAAAUGGCACAGAGGCCAAUGAUGAUUACAAAUUGCUUAAAACAACUAUUUCUACAGUGGCAUCAAUCAGAAAGACUUUUAUUUUAAAAUUUGAUAGCGAAAGACUAGUUAUAAUAUCAACACCUAAAUCGAUAUCAGUUAAUAAUGGUACAGUUUUACAACAAGAUGUUGGUCAACUUUGGUGCACAAUACCGCGAGAUGUUUUCAAAUUAUAUAACGUUAAAUCUGCUAGAGAUUUAAAUAAUAUAACGAUGGAGAGUAAUAGUGAUUCGUUAUCGAAUGUAUUCAAAAGAUAUGAUAAAGUGAUAAACCAAGGUUCAUCAACUAAUAUGACUAUUAAACUUCAAGAUAUGCCUGAAUGGAACUUGAAACAAAAUUCGAUUCCUGGCUAUGAGGAGAACACAAGACCUAAUCCAGUAUGCGCGUUAGCAAUUACAUUCGAAGAGAUUGUAAAUACCAGCGGACCAGAAUUUUCUGCGAUGAAUCAUGAGAACGAUAUGAUUGAUGAUAACAUGGCUGUCGCAACAAGUAAUAGCAACAAGGUUAUUGUACAUUCUUUCAAAAUUCCAGUUAAGUUGCUAUUUAAAACUCAAGUUGCGAGAAUACAAGAGCCAAUGAUAAAUUAUGAAAAUUUAAUAAUGUACAACUUACCAUCAAUGACAGAAGAAUUUGGUAGCGGAUUCUAUAAUUUUAUGAGAAGAGUAGAAAGGUACAGUAACGUCAAUCAUAUACGGCUAAGUGGCGCUAUUAAAAAAGAUAAAAGAGCUGAUGAUAAUUCUGAUAACUUAGCCGAUUUAAAAAUUAUUAUAAAUGAAUUGGAUUGGCAUUUGGAGAUUUGUUGGAAUGGUCCAUUAAAUUAUAGCUGCAAUUUACUAGGACAAGAUGAGACUGAACCAUCGUCGAACGCACAGCAAUCCCAAAACAUUCUGAAUAGCAAUAAUGACGAAAACAUAAGAGAUACUCCCAUUAAUGGACAAUUGAAUAUAGAAAAUAGUCUUGAAGUUGAAGAUAGUGCAAUUGGAACUCUGAUGAAUUCAAAAUCACAUGAUACAGAGACUAACAACAAUACCCAAAUAAAUUAUGGAAUGGAUGACAUUGCAAAAAUGAUUCAAGAAAAGGAAGCUAAUGAAUCAUUAACACAUGAGGUAAUUAUAAAAAGUAAAGAUUGGAAAGUGUGUAGUAAAUUAUACAGUGCAUUUGAGGAAGUAAUACUGGCAAUAUCUCAUAAUGAUUCCUGUGCCUUUCACUGCUCAUUAGAUAGAGGAAAUGUGGAUACAGGAAACAAUGAUUCAGCUUCUGAACAACCGCGAGAGAGAGGCCAAAUUAUAUAUUAUAUGGCCAGAUCUAAAGCUAUUUAG